AGAAUAUUUAUUAUGUUCAAACAAUGUAAGUUUGAUGUAUUCGUUAUCGUUUUCUUUUUAAAAACAUACAGUUGUAUUGACAAUGAUAUUCGAUCACUGUGAUUGGCUUAUUUGAAGAAUAAGGUUCCAUAUAUUUCGACGAAUUAUGCUUAGUUGUGGUGGUAAGGAGACGAAAGAAGGGAUAAGGAAAAAAGCUUAGAAGGAUCAGUUAGUCCUCGACAGUCUACCUCUUUACGUCGUUUUAAGUGUGAUUGAAAUUGUGAUUUCAUUGUAUUUUAAAAUGGAUAAAAUAAAGAAAAUACAUGUUAAAACAAGUGCAAAUUCUGUAGGAGAAUGUCAAUUGACAAUCAGAUUGUUAGAAAUGCUACAAAGAACAAAAUAUGAAUUAGUGCAGGAAAAUGGACAACGUCGUUUAACUGCUCCAGAGAUUGUUCGUGGUGAAAAGCAACGUGUAAAAGGUGCUGAAAUUUUUCUUGGUCGUCUACCGCGAGAUUGUUACGAAGAUGAACUAAUGCCAGUAUUAGAAACAAUCGGUUAUUUGAUUGAAUUACGAUUGAUGUUAGAUUUUUCUGGAUCUACUCGCGGUUAUGCGUUUGCUUCAUUCGAAGAUGUAAAAACAGCGAGACGCGCCUGCGCAAAACUUGACGGUUAUGAAAUUAGACCGGGCCAUCGUAUCGGUGUCGUUAAGUCAGUUGAUAAUUGUCGGCUAUUUUUCGGUGGAGUACCUAAAAAUAAAAGCAAAGAAGAAUUUAUGCAAGAAUUAACUAAAAUUCUUGAAGGCAUUAUUGACAUUUAUCUAUAUCCAAGUGCACAUGAUAAAACAUUGAAUCGUGGUUUCAUAUUCGUCGAAUUCAAAGAUCAUAGAGCAGCUGCAAUGGCCAGACGAAAAUUAAUACCUGGCAGAGUUAUGUUGUGGGAUCAUGAAAUUGCAGUUGAUUGGGCUGAUCCUGAACCUGGUGACCCUAUUGACGAAGAAAUUAUGGAAAGUGUUACUGCUUUAUUUGUACGAAAUCUUAAUUUGGAUAUGUCACAACAAAAGGUUCGAGAUAUCUUUCAAAAAAAUACGAAAAUUCCUAUUCUAAAAUUAAAAAAAAUUAAUCAUUUCGCAUUCGUACAUUAUGAAAGUCGUCAAGCAGCACAAACUGUAAUGGAUAUUAUGACAAGAUCUAAUGGUAUUGCUGAGUCUGAAGGUUGGGAAAUACGUUGGGCAAAACCAAUCGGAGCUGCAAAAAUUUUAGAAAGACAAAAAUGUAUCAAUGAAGCUGUAGCAAAAUCAAGUUGUCAUAAAUUUGAACAAAAUCGUAAAUAUAUAUCGCCGAAAAAAUGUAAUCUUAAAAAAUUUCAAUCUCAAGUCAUGGACUUGAAUGCUAAUGUAGUCGACAUAGCCUUAAUGCAUAUGACUGCUUUGCAAUAUUUCAUUAAAGAAAAAUUUAAUGCUACUUGUACUUUUAAUUAUUUACACGCAGUGGAUGAAUCAGCUUUUAUGUGUAAAAUAAUUAUCUUUAAAGAUGGACAUAUUCUGUUUGAAUAUCAUGGAGAAUCAAUGCCAACAAAACAAAAUGCAAUUGUCGCUGCAUGCACAAAGAUCUAUCAAUUUAUAGCUCAGAAUUACGUGCUACUGAAUAACGAGCACUAUUGCAUGGAACAAAAGCUAAACAUUAAUCCUGCGGUUGGGUCACCAGUCAGCUGGAAUAGGGAUAUAGAUUAUAAUUAA